AGAAAUUUAUGAAUUUAUUGAUCUUGGCAAACGAAUCACAAAAUUAAAAGAAACCAUUGACAAAGCAUUCCUAAAACAUGAGGAAUCAAUUAUGCAAAAAAUUCGUUCUAAGCUUCAAAAUUGGUCUCCUAAUGACAAUAAUGACAAAUUAAAUGUAAAUUCAUGUCAAAAUGAGUUUUUAGAAUUGAUUGAAAAAGGGCUACAAAAAAUUCCAGAUUGCAAUGAUACCAACUGUGAAGAAUGUGAAAAAACAAAUAAAGAAAGAAUUGAAUUGGAAAAGUACCUUAAGGAUAGGAAUAAUGAGAUAUGUGAAACGGAAACUAAUCAAACAAUUAAGAAUUAUAUCAAACUCAAUCAUCAAUCUGCAUCCAUGAAACUUACCCAAAUGCUUGAAGCCAGCAUUCUCAGAAAAGGUAUUUCAUCUGAAUCUCUUCACAUAAUUAACAACCGCUUAGAAGAGAUUUUAAAAAAAACACCAAAUGGUGGAUUUUCUGAUAACAAACGUGAAAAAGAAGUUGAAAAAAUAUGGAAUUUAUUGCGAAAUAAUAUGUCAUCAAAACACAUUAUUGAACCAGUAGUGGAGCAAAUAGAUAAGGAAGUCAAAGAUAUAUUUUCUCAUUUAUCAUCAGAAGGAUUAUAUCAAAAAUACAUAAAUGGAAAAUCUCCAGAUUUAUCUAAGUGCAAUGCAUAUAAUAAAUUCAUGUUUCCAAAACCCUUGAAACUGAGAGACAUCUGUACUCUCCAGGGAAAUCUUGAUAAUUUGGUAGAUUUAAUAUUAGUAAAAAGGGCUUCUUAUCACCCUGGAAUUGUACGUGACCUCACAAGAGAAAUAGACAAAACACUUGAUGAGAAUUCAAAAAUUCUUCGGAAACCAUUUUUGCCAGAUUUCAAAUGGAAUACUUACUUAUAUGCUUUGUUAAAGUUUAAACCAAAAAUGGUAAAUUUUCAAAAAAAAUGGGACAUGGAUAAUACUCCACUUGGCAUUCUUGAUCAAAAGAAAGAUGAAUAUUUAAAUAUGAUUGGUACUAGGCUUCAAUAUGGACAUACACUUGUUUCUGAGGGCCAUAUUAUUGGAGACUAUUUAUUGAGGGUUAUUCAUAAAAAAGCAAUGGAUGCAGGAAGCUCUGAGCGAAAAAAAGCUGUGUGUGAUAUUGGUUGGUUGACAAAUGCUGAAUCAGUUAGACUUAAAUAUUUUGAAAAACUUGCUGAACAAGUUCGAAAUGGUGAUAAUGAAGAAGCUAUACAGUUUUUUUCACAGCCAAAGAGAUGCAUAGAAUAUUGGUUUAAAUCCACAGUUGAUGGUAAUGCAAGUGGAAAUCCAGAGCAAAAAUACAAUGAUACCUUUAGAGCAGAAUUCAGUCGAGUCUUUCAAGAAAUUCACAACUGUCAAAGUUUUGAGAAAAUCAAAAAAUUUGUAAAUGAUUACAUGACACAAGUUGAUAAAGUGGAUUACAAAUUGGAUCUUGAAGACAUAAAUGAAGAUUUAAAGAUAUUCUAUAAUGCUAUUGAGGAAGAGCUUGAAACUAAAAGGGAUGGUUGUUAUACAAGAAAUGAGCCUUUUCAAGCCCCAUCUAAUGAUAAAUCAAUCAUGGAGAUACUUGGAUGCACAGAAGCAUGUUAUUUUUGUGGAGCUUUGUGCUGGGGAUCUUGGGGUCAUCAUAAUGAUAGUGGCGAAACAAAAAGACAUCAUACUAGCCAUCAACCUCGAGGCCUUGGAAUAGUCAGUUAUAAAGGCACAGAUGAACUUGUUGCUAGGCCAUGUCAUAAAUUGGUAGAUGAUACGAAUGUGUGGUAUUUUGGCAAGGAGGACCCAACACUUUGGAGUGUUGCAAAAAUUCAAGAUUUCUCAGGUUGGAUAUUUGAACCUCACUACAAAUACUUGUUCAAUGAUCUUAUGUGCUGGUUCUUUGAAAAAUUGCAUGAAGAUCUUGCAAAAACAUAUGGUCGCAAACCAUCAACUAAUGAUGAAUUGAAAAAGAAUGGUUGUCUAAACUUGAGUUACAAUGAUAUUAUUAGCACACUUAGAACAAAAAUUAAUCCAUUAAAUUAG